GGGCGAGGCGGGGGCGGGGCGUCGCGGGCGGUGGGGGGCGGGGUAUGGCGCGCUGUGAGGCGCAGGGCGGCUGGCACAAACGGCGGCGCCGAGGCCGGAGGAAAAAGCUCGCCACCCCCACCAGUCCCUUCUCAAGCUCCUAGGGACAACUGUGGACUUGGGGACCAGUGAGCACCCCCGGGGCACUAGAGGAGCCCCUGCUGCCUGCCCUGCCUCACCCUGCCCCACACCAGGCCCAGCGGCCCCCGGCUGCAUCAAGUGGAGGAGGAGAAGGCGGAGGAGGGUGGCACCAUGGGCCCGGGCCGUACCCUCCAUGCCCGGGGGAUGAAGACACUGCUGCCAUGGACAGCCCGUGCCAGCCGCAGGCCCUGAAUCAGGCUCUCCCUCAGUUGCCAGGGUCUGUGUCAGAGGCCUUGGAGCCUAGCCGCGCCAGGAUGGGGGUGGAGAGUUACCUGCCCUGCCCCCUGCUACCCUCCUACCACCGUCCAGGAUCAUCUGGUGAGGCCUCGGCUGGCAAUGGGACCCCCAGAACCACAGCCACUGCUACCACUACCACUGCCAGCCCCCUUCGGGAGGGCUUUGGUGGGCAGGAUGGUGGUGAGCUGUGGCCACUGCAGAGUGAAGGUGCUGCUGCGCUGGUCACCAAGGAGUGCCAGCGACUGGCGGCCCAGGGUGCCCGGCCUGAGGCCCCCAAAAGGAAGUGGGCCAAGGAUGGUGGGGAUGCCCCUCUACCCAGCAAGCGACCAUGGGCCAGGCAAGAGAACCAGGAAGCCAAGGGGGAAAGUGGUGUGGGCUGUGACAGCGGUGGCGGCGGCAGCAGCAGCAGCAGCAACACUAACAGUAGCAGUGGCGAGGCAAGUGCUAGGCUGAGGGAGGAAGCACAACCCUCUGCACCCGAGCGCCUGGCCCUGGACUACAUUGUGCCUUGCAUGCGGUACUAUGGUAUCUGCGUCAAGGACAACUUCUUGGGGGCAACACUGGGUGGCCGUGUGCUGGCGGAGGUGGAAGCCCUGAAGUGGGGCGGGCGUCUGCGUGAUGGGCAACUAGUGAGCCAGCGGGCGAUACCACCGCGCAGCAUUCGUGGGGACCAGAUUGCCUGGGUAGAAGGCCACGAGCCAAGCUGCAGGAGCAUUGGUGCCCUCAUGGCUCAUGUGGACACAGUAAUCCGCCACUGUGCGGGGCGGCUGGGCAACUACGUCAUCAAUGGCCGCACCAAGGCCAUGGUGGCGUGUUACCCAGGCAAUGGCCUCGGCUAUGUGAGGCAUGUUGACAAUCCCCACGGCGACGGGCGCUGCAUCACCUGUAUCUAUUACCUGAAUCAGAACUGGGAUGUUAAGCAUCGGGACAAAAAGGUGUCCAGGUUCCUGUAUCACAGCCAACUACACCCACCUAAUGGCCAGUCCAGAGCUGCAUGGAUUAGCAGCUCCCUGCCUUCAGGGGAGCCCCGGGCCCAGCUGCAGCUCACUAGCCUCAGUGCCCGCUCCCCACCUGCCACUGCUGCUGCUUCUGGCUUGCCUCCAUACUGCGUGCUGUGGCGGGCAUAAGCGUCACUGAGGACCAACAAGGAGAGACCUCUGCUGCCCCGUGUUUGGGGCCGGGUUGUGACUUAGGCAGUGGCCAGUGUGGCUGGUGGCCUAUGUCCUGCCAUGUCUGGUCCAUUGUGUGUUGAGCUGAGAGGAGGCAGGAUUUGGGGUUGAGGUGAGUCAUGGCCUCUUGCUGGCAAAGGUCUGUUGGGGGGGGCAUACUCAUACCCCCUCCUCACUCCUCCAGCCUGGAAUGUGAAGUGACUCCCCAACCCCAUUGGCUGUGGCACUUUAUGGACUGGGAUGCCAUGGCUUGGGCAGACUAAGGUGCCAUGAGGAGCAUGGGUAUGGAGGUCCUGCCAGCCAAGAAAUAAAAGUUUACCUCAGAGCUGCA